AUGGACAACUACGAUUUUAUCAAUAAAAUUAACAAUACAUCUCGUGAUCAUAAUCAGUUUAAUACUUUUAAUUACAACUUUGGAUAAGACUAUGAAGUUUAGGAGGAAAUGCAUAGUAAUUUUGACUCUGGAAAAAAUAAAAAAAUUGAGACGCCUUCAAUUAAUCCUAAUAAUGACUCGAGUAUAGUGAAUUUCAAAUUAGAAUCUGAGGAGUAACAAUAAACCGAACAAAGCCCAAUUUAAGAUAAUAUGAACUCUUAAUCACUAAUCAAAGAGUAAUUGAAGAUUCACCAACGCAGUAAAGGCAGAAAUAAAAGUAAGCAGCAACAGCUAUUCGGUAUUACUGAGAGAACAGAAUAAUAUUCUAGUGAAAAGUAAUAAUCAUUGAAUGUUAUUUAUGGAAAAAUUUAAUCUUACUAACCUUUUAAUGAACGAAUUAAUGCCUCGAAUUUGCUAUAGUAAGAUUCAUGCGAUAUUGUUAGCUAUCAUUACGAGGAGAAAGAUGCUAGAAAUGCAUAUAAUGAUGCAGCUGAUGUUGAUAAUAACUCUCCUAGACAUAGAGAAAAUAGUAAUAAUAGAAAAAAUAUAAUGGUUGGAAUGAAUUUUGCUGAAAAGAUGAAGUUAUAAUAAAGCAAUGAUCAUUUUAAAAAAGAUGAAAGUUCAAUCUAGAAAAUCUCAUUUAAUGAAGUCUAAACUGAUCUCAGUUAGUAUUUUAAAGACCUCAAAGAAUCCUAGAGACAAGCAACUGAAUAAGAAGGUGAGAAUCAUGAUGAGAGCUUAGAGGAAUUAGUAACUAAUAGUGAUGAUGAAAAGAUUAGAUAAAAAGAAGAUUAAAAGUUUGACAACCUUAAAUAUAUAUUCUCUUAGCUAAAGGGUAAGACUGACCCUUUUCAAAUGAUAAAUGAUUAUAAUUCCGAAGAAAAGGAUGUGAACUUUGCCUUCAAGCAUAGUAGGGGAAACAGCAUAGGGUAGAUAAGUCCAGGGUUUUAUACUUUUAGUGGCCUGAGAUUAGGAUAAGAGGAAUAAUUAAAAAUACUGUAAAUAAGUCCCUCUGAACAGAAUUCAAAUAAUACACCAGCUUAUAAAUUUGAUGAGCUAAUUGAUGCAAGAAGUCCAAUAAAACCUCAAGAUAUGAGCUCUCAGAUAAUCUCUCCACAGACUGCUGAAUAAAUCCAAAACAUGUUCAAUGGAUAUAAAGCAUAAAAUCAAAUUCAACCAAUUUCAGAUUUUUACUCCUAAGAAUUCUAGUAUAAUAGCAACGAAUAUAUGAGAGCUAAAGUGCUUAUAGACGCUAUUUUUGAUUUGGAAUUAAAGCGAGAGAUGCUUUUGAAAAUACACAGUCAAAAUAAGCUUUAAAUAGACAUGAAUGUUUAUUAUGAAGUUGACUAUUUAACUGACUAAGCUAUUAUGGAUUUCAUUUAGUUAUUGGACAAAAGUAAUGAUCAUCGUCCUCAAUUAACACUAGCUGAUCUUGUUAAGGCCUCAAUCAGUAUCAAAUUAAACUCUGAUUUAGAUAAAAAUCUAGGAGGUUAUCCUAUUAAGUAGCUAAUUCAUAAAAAACUUUAGUUUCUUAUUCUUAUUGUUUCUGAAUUCAGAUAAUUAAAAGAGCAAAACAAUGAACAUUAUAAAAGCUAGCAUAAGUAUGCUUCUAGUUAAUUGAAGAAAAUAAAAAAGUUCUGUGAAAAAUAUAGAUAAAAAUCUCCAAUGCUUUUAAAGAAGUACAGCUCUAUUAAAUCUAUAGGAUAAUUAAAGGAAUCUCCUUCUAAACUAUUCACAAUGAGAAAUUAAAAGAAGAUAAAAGUUAAUCAGAGUGAUUAGGCUAUAGACAAUAAUUUUUCAUUGAUGAACCAAGUCAAUUAAUAUAAGAAUAGCUUCCCUAUUUCUUAAAGUGAAAGUUAAAACAAAUUUUCUAAUUCUACUUAGGAAUAGACCACCUAGAAUACUUAGUCUGAUGAAAAAUUAGUUAAGCUUGUUAGUGAUUUUAGUUAAUCAAAUUUAAGUGGAAGCAAUAUGUCUAUAAAGAAAUAAGAUCUAUCAAAUACUUAACCAAUUAAAAGAUCCAUAAGAAAUUAAACAUAUAUGCCAUACGGAGGUAGUGGAUUAAUAUCUGAGAAUACUAGCUAGAAACAAUUCAAGGGCUUAAUAAAGUAAUUUAGCAAAGGAAAGAUCAAUGCAAAUGGUAGUCUAAAGUAAAAGAUCCAAAGUGAAAAGCUGAUUAAGCAAAUCAUAAGAAAUAAUUGA